UUUACUGACCACAGCUCGCUGGUGACCGGCCCCUCGUCCAUCUGCUGCCCGUCUCAAGCAUCACCUCCGCCCGCCUCCCGGCUCCCGGCUCCCGGCUCCCCGCUGUCCUGCCCUUCAAUGGCUCAUCCAACUGGCGCCACACCGAGUGUAGACGGUGGAGGAGGAGUGGGCGGCAAACCAGACUACAUCGCCUUCGUCCUGGUGCCCGUGUUCUUCCUCCUGGGCCUGUUGGGGGUGGUGAUCUGCCACGUGCUGAAGAGGAAAGGCUACCGCUGCACCACCGAGGCCCCGGAGGACGAUGACGUCUUUGAGGAAAAGGAUCCGGAAAUGGGUGAAGAGAUGAACGACACCCUCAGUGAAAACAAUGACACAGUCGGACAGAUUGUUCAUUACAUCAUGAAAAACGAAGCAAACUCGGACGCCCUGAAAGCCAUGGUUCGUGAUAACAGUAUUGAUUCUGACGGUCCUCCUCUCACUCCGACCUCCCCCGGCACCCCGACCCCCCCCGUGACUCCCAUCUCACCCGGGGCGCCCCCUGGAGCCGCCAAGCACACCUGCAACCACCUGCACACCAUCGGGGGCCCCGGCGGCCUCAAGAACACCUGCUCGCGCUGCAGCCAGAAGAAGUGGCCGCUGCUGAGGAAGAUGUCGGCGCGCAAGUCGGAGCACCGCCGCAGCCAGUAUGGAGAGGUCACGGUGCUGGCCGUGGGCAGGUUCCGGGUGACAAAGUGUGAAAGAUCAACCAGGGACAGGCGGACUCUGUUAAUAUCAGACUCCAAUGGGAGUGUCCCCACGUCCCCCACGUCCCCCACGUCCCCCACAGAGGUGGCGCCCAAGAGCCGGACGACGUCCGAGUCCCAGCAGGGGCAGACAGACAACACGGACACUGAGAAAUGAGAGAAGGAAGAAAAUCCAGAGCUUUCCCCAGAAACGAGAGAAGCAGCAUCUGGACACUUUAUUUAAAAACCCAAAACGAGAACAUCCAAACAUCUGCUCAGGAGGAACGUGAAGCAUGGGAUUCGAACCGAGGAUCGCUCCCUCCACACCCUCGCUCCACAGGGAGGGAGAAAUGCUGCUGCCGAUGAAGACGAAGGUGGAAUAUACAAAUAGAAGGCUGGAGAGGUGUGUCUGCUCACAAUGCACUCCAUAUCCUCCUUUUCAAGAAUACCACAGCAGUGCCUUGCUCAAAGGAACCCUGAACCGGGCCUCUCCCAGCAAACUAAUCAACCGAACUGCCUGUGUGUCCGUGAUGCAGUGUGUGUUAUUUGCAUGUUAUCAAGCAGUAUAAAGCAAGUCAUUCCAGGAAGAAGGAUCAACCUGAUGCGGAUGAGCCGGGGAACAAAUACACGGGAGUGUUAGCAUCAUCGAUAAGAGGAGAGCAACGGUAAUCACAUCGUGUAACAUCGUGAACAUGAAGACUUUGAAGUGUCUCCCCCGUCUUCUGCGUCCUGACCCCGUGUCUCCAUCUUCCAAUCUGACCUCGAAUGAAGAGGAAACUGCAUUUUCCAUCAACAGGUAGAAGUGACAUUCUUCUUUUGUCACUUUAACAUUGUUUUGUCUACCGUUUUGGUAGCUGCCUGCCUUUUUAGCUACUUAAACUGCUGGCUGCUAACUUUGUGCUAGCCUCGUGCUUAACAGUUAGCUUUAGCACAGAAGUCUUGAAAUUACGAUCGGAGCUGUGAACCAAAAUGAAAAACGGUUGUCGACCGUAACGUCGGCCAAAAGAAACCAACACGCUUCGUAGAGCUACUUCGUUGACCCCUUUGUCCUUUUAGCUGAUCAUGUGACCAGAUGCUAAUAUAGAAAUAUUUUUAAAGCUUUAAUUUGUAAUAUUAAACAUUUAAAUUGGAAUUAUAUUUUUUUCAUUCAUUGUUUUGUUUGUCGGACGUUAAAAACACAUAGCUAGUUAAAGUCGAUGGAAGGAAAAGGGACGACAAUUCUAACCAAACAAACCUGAAAGCUUUUACUUCUUCACUUUUAUCUCCAGUCUUGUUCCUUUUCGGCUUCGCUCUCGUGUUCACGCAGAAUAAAUCAUAAAAUCGGUCGAAGCCAAACAAAGCUACUUAUUUUAACUCUAAGCCUAAGAUUCAUCGGAUUUUACCGUGAGCUGCCUUUUUUUUGUUGUUAUACGAGUUGUCAUCAUAGGAAGAGGUCACGAGCAGAUCGGGUACAAAUGAGUUAAUCCGUCGCAGAUUAGCUCUCCGUUGUUCUGCCGGGAUGUGAUCCGCCCUUUUCUUCUUCCGAUGAAAUGAGCCUCUCAGUUCUCAGCGUGAGUCUAAUUGCAAUGCGCUGCAGUUCGAUGAGCGUCUACAGUAUGGAGAACCCGUUUGUUGUGGAGAGGGGGGGGAAACAGUUUUUAGUCACUUUCAUGUGAAUGUUACCUCCAGAAAGAUAGAUAGACAGAUAGAUGGAUACUUUAUUAAUCCAGAGGGAAAUUCAGACACAGAAAUACGUGUGGUAUGACUCUAAAUGUGUGUGUGUGUGUGUGUGUGUGUGUGUGUGUGUGUGUGUGUGUGUGUGUGUGUGUGUGUGUGUGUGUGUGUGUGUGUG